AUGAGCGAACCUGUGAAGAAAAGAAGCUUGGGAAGCUACCUAUCACGCAUUGGAGAAAGGCGAAAGGAACGGGAGAGGUUGGAACAGAAGCAAAAUGAGCUGAAAUCGAAGGAAGAAGAAGGGAAUUCGCAGCGGGGAUCGGAAGCAGGGUCGGGAGCAGGAACUCCAAAUGACGCUGGAAGCGAGCAGGAGAAAAUCGCCGAUAGGGCUGUGAUAGAAGAACCAGCCGCCCAAACUACGAAAACGGAAGCUGAAGCUGAAGCUGAACCUACACCUGCACCGGCAGCUGCUUCAUCUGAGACAGUCGUGCCGUUAAAAGAGGAAAAAGUUAUAACAACAGAAGAAGAAGAAAAAAUCACAACAACAGAUCCCGCACCAGCAGCUCCAGAAGACGAAGUACCGGUACCGAAGGUUGGGAAACAAAAAGGUAAAAGUAAGAGUGACGAGGAUAGCAGCGCAUUAAGUGAAAUCGAGAGUGACGCACCCACAGAACCCGCGUCACCGCCUCGGCCAAGGAAAGGCAGACUAAUACGUGGGGACCAGCUCGAGAGCGCAAACAACAGCCGACAGUCCAGCGUUCCAGUUUUGGGACGCGAUGGCCACGAUGGAAUGUCUGAAUCGGAGCUAUCUGACUUAUCCGAUACCAAUGCGGGCAAAAUAUCCAGCAGUAUAAUCCACGAGGAUUCCUCCCCUGUCAAGCAUUAUGAAAACAAAAGAAGGGCCUCGGGCCAUAUAGAGCACCAGAAUUCGACACACAAGAGAAUGAAGCAUGUCGGAACAUCGAAAGUCCCCAAGCAUAAAAAGAGUGUUCACAGGGAUGCUGGAGGAAGAACUAAGCUACAGAUUGCCUGCGACAAAGGUAAAUACGAUUUAGCAAAACGACUAAUAGAGGAGGAAGGUUACGAUGUGAAUGACCAAGAUAAUGCCGGAAACACACCGCUCCACGAAGCGGCUUUGAACGGCCACUUAUCAAUUGUAAAACUACUUGUGAAACAUGGCGCUGAUGUAAACAGACAAUCAUACGACAUGUUCUUGGACACUCCGUUAAUUGACGCUUCUGCAAACGGACAUCUUCCCGUGGUGAAAUACCUCUUGGAUCAUGGGGCUGACCCAACCAUGGUAAAUGCAAAGGGAUUGAGUGCAAUUGAAUCAAUUGAAGAGGAGUCAGACAUGGAUACGGAAGAUAGAAAAAUAGUUUAUGACAUGAAGGAUUUGUUAAAGAGAGCAGCAAGGAAAUACAUGAAGCAUUCCCAUCGUUCAAUACAAUCAAGCUCUCUAUCGAGGCAUUCGGAUGAUACAGAAAAGCAGCUAAACCACGACGAUGACUUCUAUUGGACAGAUAUAAGUUCCAAGACCGGCAAAAGCAAACUUUUACGUGCGUCAAAAGAGGGGAAACUAGCCUAUGUUGGAUCUUACCUAGAAAAUGGAGGCAGACCAGACUUCAAAUGUUUCCUAGAAAGUUGUAUGUACGGCCACGAUGACGUUGUCAGUUUAUUCCUUGCUUUUGGCGCACAAGUGAACAUGAGCAACAAGGAGGGCCAGACCCCGUUAAUGUUAUCUGUUGGCCGCGGUCAUGUUAACGUGGUGAAACUUUUAAUCGAAGCAGGUGCGGAUCCUGGAAAGAAGGAUAAGAACCAUAAAACCGCAUUGAACUACGCCAAACACAGCAGUUUAGGACUAACAGAUCCUGAAGAGAUUACAUUAUUGAAAGAAACCAUAAAGAAGCAAUACGGAUAUGUAGUUUCUGAUACAAAUGACGAAGAUGACGAGGAAGAAGAAGAGGAGGAGGAAGAAGAAGAAGAAGAGGAAGAGAAGAAGAACAAGAAGAGGAAGAAGGUGCAAGAAGAUAAACAGGAAAUCAAGGCCGAAGCCAAGGCCAAAUCAAAACCCAAACCUGAGUCUGAAAAGGAAAGUUCCUAUGGAACUUCUCGCGAGCCGUCCUCUGUUCCAGUCCCAAUCAAGACUGAAAAGAGACAGGAAGAGCCAGAACACUCGGAGAAAACCCCACCAGUCGUUGCUACGGAGCCUCAUACCAAGCACGAAUCGAGAACGGCAUCUCCAGAGGCUCUUUCGCUAACCGGAUCCGCAUUAGAAAAAUUUGACACGAGAUCUAGUUCGUCGGUGUCUACCCAUGCCCAAGCGAGAAGCGUCUCUGUGCCCCACCAAACAUCAACGCCGCCACCGCUACCCAAGGAAACCGAAGAGGAAAAGGCCGAAAGACUCAAAAGCGAGGAAGAGUAUAGACAGAAGCGUUUGUUGCAGAAGAAGCGCAAGGAACAAGAGUUUUUGAACAAACUUGCAGAAGACGAGCGGAAGCGUAUCGAGGAGAAGGAAAAGCUCAAGCAGCAAGAGCUAGAGAGACAGGAGAAGGCAAGACAGGAACAAUUGCUCAAGGAAGAGGAGCUUCGGAACAAGGCCGAGAUCCAAAGAAGAAUAAAAAUAAGAGAAAGUUACCCAAUGGGACUCAGAUCCAUCGACUUCAAGGACCUCGCCAACUACCAGAACUUCGGCCCGGUGUACUACUUCACAGAUGCUAAUUCGAGCUCGACUUGGGUCCUAGACCUACAAAUGAGUGUCAUUACCAAGGAAAACGUAGAGUCCCUCCAACAAGCCUGCUCCAACGUCCAGCCUGUCCAACAGCAACAGUACCCGCAACUGUGGAACCUCUACAAACAUAUCUUCCUCUACGGAGGCACAAACAACAGCGACCUUUUCAACGCUCUACCCUGGAAGCAGCGUCUACAAAUAGAGCAACAAGAAUACAAGAAGUUCGCCGCCCUUCCACUACACUGGAUCGACCUCACACAACUACUCGACUCCAAUUUCCUCACAGACCACCAGCAGCCUGUCGGCAAUUGGAUUUCGAGCAACCUCAUCGAGUUCGUACCCGUAUCAACUACUUCUACUUCUACUACAACACCUAGCUACAAGAGAACACAUGCUCGUGACCCGGCCAAGGACGCCUCCACAAAGCGGCUCGUGCCGCCAAAGUACCUCUUGCGGUCCAAGGUCCAGCCAUGGCUCAACUCUACCAAGGCCCUUUGGUAG